AUGUUGAAAAUAACCAACUUGGAUUUUGCUGCCCUAAAUCUCUCUGGAGAUAAUUAUUUGCAAUAUGCACUUGAUAAUGAGAUCAUCUUGAAAUCCAAGGGACUCGGUGAAAGUAUCACUGAGGACAAUAAUGUCAGUAAGAAAGAUCGGUACAGAGCCAUCUUGAUCAUCCGCCAUCAUCUAACUGAGAGUCUAAAAGACCAGUAUCUGACCAUUGAGAAUCCAUUGGACCUUUGGACAGAAUUAAAGGCGAGAUAUGAUCACAAGAGAACGGUGAUCUUACCAAAGGCUCUGUAUGAUUGGAUGAAUCUCAGGAUCCAAAACUAUAAGUCUGUGGACGAGUAUAACUCGGCACUGUUUAAGAUUGUUUCUAAAUUGAAACUGUGUGGUGAGAGUGUAACGGAUAAGGAUAUGCUUGAGAAAACCUUUUUCACCUUCCACAUAAGCAAUGAGCUGUUACAACAACAAUACCGUGAGAAAGGAUUCACGACUUAUGCUAAUCUCAUUUCUUGUCUAUUGCUCGCUGAGCAAAACAAUCAAUUGUUGAUGAGAAACAGUUAA